AUGGCCCGCGGACAACAAAAGAUCCAGUCUCAACAGAAGAAUCAAAAGAAGGCCGAUGCCGCUAGAAAGGCCGGAAUCGACCAGAAAGCCGCUGCUGCUAAGGCUCUCAAUCACAAAUGCUCUGUCUGCCUUGCUAUGAUGCCGGAUCCAAAGACAUACAAGCAGCAUUUCGAGAAUAAACAUCCAAAAAGUCCACUCCCAGCUGAGCUCGUGGAUGUCGCCGCCUAA